CCUCUACAAAUUCUCACUCCUCGUGGACUGUUUUCAUCGCCUUUGGUAGUUAGAAGUUGUAAUUGGUGUAAACCCUAAGAUAACCGUCGAUUUUCAUCGUUGUUUUUGCUAUCUUCUUCUUCGCUCGUCGUACAUUGUGUGUACGCUAAUGGAAAGUAACAGUUGAUUUGCAUGCUAAUUAUUGUUGGUCAGAUAAAAACAAAAAAAAUGAGCUGCAACAACACUACACACGUCUCUCAAGAUUCUGUGGUUGUUAAACGUGAGCACCGUUCCAAAGGGAAUGUUUUAGCUCAAGACUCUGAAGAGAAUAGAGGAUCGUUAGGUGCGCAGAGUAGCACUAGUGUGGUUGAUCAGGUCCGGACUCCACCUGAAGAGGCUGGUGUUACUUCUUCAUCCACCAUUUGCCCAGCUCCGGUUUGUAGGCAGUUCUGGAAAGCUGGAAGCUACAAUGAUGAAUUGAGUUCUAAGUCUCAGCAGCCAACUGGAAAAAAUUAUCUUCAUGUGCAUCCUAUGUUCCUUCACUCCAAUGCUACUUCACAUAAAUGGGCUUUUGGUGCUGUUGCAGAACUGCUUGACAAUGCUGUGGAUGAGAUCCAAAAUGGGGCCACUUUAGUCCUUGUAGAUAAAACCACCAAUGCAAAGGAUGGUACAACAGCAUUGUUAAUUCAAGAUGAUGGUGGUGGUAUGGAUCCUCAGGCAAUGCGGCAUUGCAUGGGUUUUGGAUUCUCAGAUAAGAAAUCGGAUUCAGCCAUUGGAAGAUAUGGAAAUGGUUUCAAGACCAGCACAAUGAGGCUUGGAGCAGAUGUUAUUGUUUUCAGUCGCCAUUUUAAAAACCAAACAUGGACACAAAGUAUAGGGCUCCUUUCGUAUACAUACCUGACACGUACAGGCCAUGAUAGAAUAGUUGUUCCCAUUUUGGAUUACGAGUUCAAGACAUCAACUAAUGAAUUUUUGACAUUGCAAGACCGAGACCGUUUUAUAUCCAAUCUCUCCAUUCUACUAGAAUGGUCUCCAUUUUCAACAGAGGCAGAACUUCUGCAGCAGGCAAGGCCGAAUUUCUUUUUAAAAUUUUCAGCAUGUAACCCAUGUUGUUUACAGUCUCUAUAUUUAUUGUUUGACGACCUUGGAUCACAUGGGACAAAGGUUAUUAUCUAUAAUAUGUGGCUCAACAGCGAUGCUAAAUUGGAAUUAGACUUUGACUCGGAUACAGAGGAUAUUCUCAUUGAAGGAAACAUAACGAAAACUGGAUGUAAGAUUACGAAUGAUCAUAUUGCAACUCGGUUUUCCUACUCUCUUCGUGUUUACCUAUCCAUAUUAUACUUGCGGAUUCCUGGGACUUUCAACAUUGUGUUGCGUGGUAAGGUUGUCAAGCAUCAUAACGUUGCUGAUGAUCUCAAGCAUCCGCAGUACAUCUUGUAUAAACCUCAGGCGGCUGGACAUGAAGAGGCUGAAGUGGUAACGACGAUUGGAUUUCUGAAAGAAGCUCCGAAGAUAAACCGUUGUGGGUUCUGCGUUUAUCACAAAAACCGCCUAAUAAUGCCAUUCUGGCAAGUCGUGAGCUACUCAGACAGUAAAGGAAGAGGAGUUGUUGGUGCUCUAGAAGCUAAUUUUAUUGAGCCAACCCAUAACAAGCAGGAUUUUGAGAAAACUGUUCUCCUUCAGAAACUUGAAAAGCGUUUAAAGGAAAUGACAUUGGAGUAUUGGAAUUGCCAUUGUGUGUUGAUUGGGUAUCAAGAUCAAGCUACUAAGAGGGCUCGUCAAAAGGUUCAUCAAAAUGUUCAACCUGGUGGUAGGAAAAAUGGCAACAUGUUCCAGAAGAAUUCUGCUGGAGAUGGUGGCAGACAAACAACAAGUCCUCCUCCAGGCUUCCCAGCAGUUUUUCAUAAUGCAAAUUUGGCAUCUCUCCCUAGGGUUUCAGCUGAGCCAGUGGUGUUGGAGAAGAGGAAAGAACAUCCUGAUCUUGUUGCGAAUCCAGCGUCAAAAAGAAAGGUGGGAAGUGAUGGCUUCUCUAUCCCAGGACAUAUUCGGGUUGAACAGGGAUCUGCAACUCGGUCACAAGAUAGUGAAACUACCAAGUUGAUGGACGAAAACAAGAAGCUCCGAGCAAAAUGUUUGGACCACAAGGUGCGAAGUCAAAACCUUGAAAUCAAGGCGAUGAAUCUGAGUAGUGAGCUGGAGAAGGUUAACAGUGAGCACGAGAGGUUAAUGAAAGAGCUGGAAGCUUUGGGUAUGGUGAAAGAGGAGCGCAGCAGAAAUGUAAAUACGUAG